AUGGCUACCACAACCAAGAAGACUCUCCGCGAGAUUAACAUCUCUGGCACCGAUUUCCAUACCGAAGCAAUCUCAACGAGCUUAGAUGAUAAGAAAUCCAUUUCGCGACUACGCAUUGCAAUCAUUGGAAGUGGAGUCUCUGGUUUUGCUGCACUUUGGGGUUUGAAAAGCACCCAGCACGAAAUACAUUUAUACGAAAGCCAAGACUACUUUGGUGGGCACACCCAAACUGUAGAAUGGAGGAAUCUCCACGGAGAAGGAACAACAAACGUUGGCAUCGCCUUCGCCCUAUUCAACUGCCUCACAUAUCCAAACUUUGCUGCCUUCGUCAAGCAUUUAAAGCUCCCGGCCCACCCUCUGAGAGUGACAUUCGGUCUAAGUAGGGAUAGCGGAUCCUUAGAAUGGUCCUCCCGCUCCAUCUGCACCCUCUUCUCACAACGUCAAAAUUUCUUCUCCCCCACCUUCUAUCGGAUGCUCUUCGACGUGUUGCGUUUCAACCACCGCGCUUGCUUAGUCCUCUCCCCUUCUUACGCCUAUCCAUCGGACUCUAUCUUUGACUACCUUAACCAAAACCAAUACUCCUUAGCCUUUCAAAACGGCUACUUGAUCCCACUGGUCUCAAGCCUUUGGGUCCACGACCCAGAUCAAACAUUAAAUAGCAUUCCGAUGGUGAUGCUGAUUAGGUAUCUACAUAAUCAUCGCAUAUUGAACAGUUUUGGGAAGAGCCUGGAGUGGUUAGUUCUUGAGCAGGGUGCGAAACAAUACGUCGAUGCUAUCCUAGCUGAUAUCCCUUCCGAGCGAUUGCACAAAUCGACUCCCAUUAUAAAUGUCUCGUCUUCGGAAGGAGGGAAACUUGCCUUGCGUUUAGAAAACCGGAAUGUGGAAUACUUCGACCGUUUCAUGCCCCGCAACCGCAAAGCAUGGUGUGCGUAUAACUACCACGACUUCACCUCAUCCAAACUCUCCCCGUCUCGGGUCUCUUUAACAGCAAACCUCAACACCAUCCCAUCCCACGACAUUCUGCUCACAGGCCCAAUCUUCACGACGUUGAAUCCCAUCCAUCUCCCUUCUCUGUCCACAAUCCAAGGCAUUUACCACCACAAACACCCCAUCUUCGACCACCAGGCCCAAACCGCCCAAGCCGAAAUGGGGAAACUUCAAGGGAAGAGAGAUAUUUGGCUUGCUGGUGCGUGGUUGGGGUAUGGGUUUCAUGAAGAUGGAUUCAGGAGCGGGAUUGAGGCUGCGAGGGCGAUUGAGCCACGGAUUAAAUUGCUGUUUCGGAUUGUGGAUUGGAAUAAUAGAGGGUUGUGCAAGAGGUGA